AUGCCACUUUUUAAGCGAAAAUUAUCAGCAAAUAAUAUUUUUUUAGAACAGGCCUUAAUCCAUGAGAAAGUAUCUCUCGUGAGCAAUAUUGAUUAUAUAGACUCUGAUUCUGAUGUAAACGAUCAGAAUGAAUCACAUUUCUUUUCGGUAAUAUGGUCAGCAUUUUAUUGUCAAAAAAUAUUAAUGACCUUUUAUAUCACGUUGCUUUGUGUUCUUGGAUGUGCCACGAUUUAUGUAACUAUUCCCGUACGAUUUCGAACACCUGAAUUCCGAUUGUUUCGUGCUGGAUUAUUCGCUUCAUUAGGUGCUAGCGCUUGCUUUCCAGUCCUACAUGCUAUUAUUUUAUAUGGGCUACAAUUGUGCAAUGAUGUCAUUUCUCUUAAAUGGAUGUUAUUAACUGGUUUCAGUUAUUUGGUUGGUGCAGUUUUUUAUGGUGCCAG